GUCUUCUUUUCACUUUCUAAUCAUUUCAUUUGAUGAUUUUAUAAGUUUGUUUCUUCCUUCAUCUUCUUCCUUUUGUUCUCUCCCCCAAUCUCCUAUAACCCCUUCUUUAAUGACGAGAGGACCCAUCUCCAAGAACGAACAGUAAUCUUCAUUUAUUGUCCUUCCAAUUUUUUUCCUCUAAACCAAAAAACAAAAAAAAUCCCAAAUUUUUUUAAAAAUUAAAUUAAAUAUUUUCGUUUUUAAUUACAUGGGUUUGUUUGGGUAGAUGAAGAGACAAGGGUCCCUUUAAUUUUCUCUUUAGAUCUUCUUCAAAAACCCAAAAGACUCAAAAUCAUGUUGGGCACUUUUUUUUUAUGUUAAAGAACAAAAAUCUAUGGUUUUUCAACUUUUCAUGUUUAUCAGUCUUCAUGACAAAGCUGAGUGCUUGAUUGGCUCCACAGAGACAGACUCUGCUAAAAUAAAGUUGUCAUUUUUUUUUCUUUCUCUCUGACCCAUUUCAGCCAAAAAGCUCUGGUUUUUGAGGAAUAAAUUAAAGACGAGAGUUUUGAAUGGUUGGUGAAUUCAUUGAUCAUCAUCGUCAAUGGAGAAGAAGAGAUCACCGAGAAGCAGCAAGAGUCCUGGUCCUGCAAUUUUCCCUAAAAGCCCUCUUGUCUACGAGAGUUAUAAGUCUGGUUGUGGUUGGAAACUGAUUAAUUUCUUCGGACAUGUCAAAUCUGGUAAUAAGAGACUUGGUUCUGAGAAGAAGAAAUUCGUCAGAGAUUCUGCUGGUAAUGUUUAUACUAAAAGCCAGCUUGAUUUGCUCAAGAAGCUUCAUGAGAAGUGUCAGUGUAAUGAUCGGGUUGUGGAGGAAGAGAGUUCAUGCAAGCCUAAAACAAGGAGAAGAUCUUUCAGUUCUGAAAGAGAACUUGAGAAGUAUGAUUCUAAACCUGUCCAGGGAUUACUAGAGAGAGAGAUAAGAAGGAUCAAAAAUCUAAAGGAGGAAACUUGUGAUAUCCCGGAUAAGCAAAAGCAUUCUUCUUUGAGUGAAAUUGAGAAGACAAGUUGUAAGGAUAAGCAAAUGGAUCUGAAGAAUACGAGAGAUUGUAAGAAGAAUGCAGAGAUUAAUCUUCAAGUUUGUGUGAAUGAAGCUGCUGAAACAUUGAUUUGUUCAAAGGCAGAGGAAAAGGGAAAUGACCGGUCUAAGCAGUUCAUGGAGGCGUUAGAUAUUCUAAGUUCGAACAAAGAAUUGUUCAUUACACUCUUACAAGAUCCUAAUUCUUUCUCAGCGAAAAAAGGUCAAGACUUGGAAGGAUCUAAGGUAAAGGAACCGCGGCAUAAAUCUCCAUCAAUGGCUGAUGAUUUGGAUAACAUUGUUCUUUUGAAGCCUAGAUUAUCAAGCUCGGUUGAUGAUAAAGCGAACUUGAGAUUUAAACAUCUAGCCAAGAAAUUGAAGCUCGUUGUUGGAUCUAACAAAGACAACAAUCAUGUAGAAAACAAACCUGAAGGUAGUUGUAAUGGUAGAGAAACCGAGGCUGCUGCUUUGAGAUCAAGUGAAGUCUCUACCAGUACAGUUGGCUAUAGAAGCCCGGAGUCACCGGUGUUUAGGCGCAAGAAACGGGUUGAGUCUGAUGUUUUUAAGCUGAGUAUUGAGAACGAUGUUUUGCCGAGGAGAUUCAUGGUGGAAAGGCAACAAGAGAGAUUAAACUCUUCACCGGUUUAUGAAGUUCCUUAUGCAUUGAGUAGCUUGCAGACAAAGCUCAAAGAGAGAAGACAGAAGCUUGAGAAGAAGAGAGAGAGCUUCAAGUUAUGGUCUUUGGACAAUAACUUCGAGGUUUUUGACCCGAAUCCAUACAAUUCUAAUCUAAGGUCUCUCGACGAUAAUUGUACAGAUUCUGCUGAGUACAGAAGUCUGACCACCCAUGUAGAAGACAGGUUCAUGGAAGAUAGGUGUCUGAAGGGCUCAUUAGCAGAGUCGAAUUUGAGCCUAGAAAGACGAGAGAUCAAUGUUCAUGACCCGAAACAGGAGCAGGAGCAACCGAGUCCUGUCUCUGUUCUUGAAAGGAUUCAUUUAGAAGACGAAACAGUUAGUCUAGGAAAUGUGGAAAUUUCUAAACUCGAAGAGAAGGUUGCAUUCUCUUUUGAUGAUCCAAGCAUCGAUCUAGUUGAGAAAGAAACAGUUAAUGACUUUGUGAAGAAAGUUCUUAAAGCUUCAAGAUUGAAUUGGACUAAUCUUAUAGCAAGAUGCAGCGAGGAAACAUCACUACUCGACGAAUUCUCACACGGUAAUCACAACAACGACCAGCUUCUUCUUGUUCUUGACUACACCGACGAGAUCGUCCGCGACAUUUACCGUCAAGACAUCAAAUAUUGGCCUUUGACAUCAUCGGGAAGCUCGAGAGUCGUCAAUCUACAACCAUCCCUUAGAGAAGAAGAUCUGAUUAACAAAACGUUGAGACAUUUUGACUGGAGUUUACUCUGCUCUGACUCUCCUACAAGAUCAUUAGAUCAGAUCAUUGAAACUGAUAUGAUAAAGCCAUGUCUUUGGUCUGAUUUUGGUGGUGAAUCUGAAGGCAUUGCGUCUGAUCUUGCCGAAAAGAUUCUCCAACAAUUGCUACUUGAGUUCUCCCAUGAGCUAAGAACAAUGCAGAGGAGCAUAGUAUUAUGUGUGGAUUAACUUGAAUCUCUUCAGAACUAUUUAACAUUUUUUUUGUCUGUAUAAAAAAAGUUUUAAAAUUUGAGAAUCUUCUCUUCAUGAUUAGUUAUUACAUUUAUCUAAAGUUAAAAAAGAUUCGAUCU